GUCUGUCUUCCAGGUUUACCUCCUUGUCUAGGUCAUGACCUCUUUGAGGGAAUUGUAUCUUAUGACCUGGCAUUGUACCUGAAAUAUUUAAUUAAGAAAAAGGGAUGGUUCACUUACUCCACUUUGAACAGGCGCAUUAAACAGUUCAAAUAUUGUGACUCUGAUGCCUCCUCGAAGCCGUGUGAAGUCACUUAUAACGCAGCAAAGCUCUCAGGACAGGCUACGCAGAACUGGAACCUUCUAAGGCUGUUGCCCCUCAUUAUUGGCGACAAAGUACAAGAUACAGCAGAUGAUGUGUGGCAGUUGACUCUCCAGCUGAAAGAUACUGUAGAGUUGAUAUGUGCUCAGAAAAUUUCUUUGGCUCAGAUUGCAUAUCUUGACGUUGUUAUUCAAGAGUAUUUGGAGACAAGAAAAGCGCUUUUCCCACAAUGUAAUCUAAAACCAAAGCACCAUUAUUUACGCCACUAUCCAGCUCUGAUUAUAAAAUUUGGACCCUUGAUUAGACUAUGGACAAUGCGUUUUGAAAGUAAGCACAGUUAUUUCAAGAGGUGUGCUAGACAUUUGAAGAAUUUCAAAAAUCUCUGCCUCACCCUCUCUGAAAGACAUCAGAUGUUGCAGGCUUAUGUUUCAGCAGGCCAAAGCGGUCAGACUAUCUUACAGAUUAAGUCUGGUUCUCCUUUUUACUCAACAUUAUACAGUAAAUCAAUUCAAGAUGCAGUUAGGCAGUUUGACUUCACUGAGACCAACACAAAUGUCUCAUUUGAAAUACUCUACAAGGGAACGUCUUACAAAAAAGGCCAAUUUCUUGUAACAGGGAGCAUGGAGGCAGUGGAGUUUGGUGAACUACAGCUUAUAUUGAUAAAUAAUGAAACUGUCCAUGUUCUGGUCUCGGUGUAUAUAGCAGAAUUCCUUCCCGAGUAUCACAUGUACUCUGUUAGGAAAGAUGAUGAAAAGAUGCAGUGUCUAAACAUCUGUGACUUGAUAGAUUUCUAUCCAUUACCAUCUUACAUAAAGAAUGGAAACAAAAUGGUUCCACUGAAACACAGUGUGCUGUCACAUUAAACCGGGGUUUUGAAAAGUUAAGUCCAGGACCCAUUUGCAGCCUUUUGACUGUUUUUCUUUUCUUUUAUCUUUUGCCAAUGACGAUAAUCCCCUAAUGAAACAGUUUUACUAAUCCAGCAUGACUGAUGGAGUCUUUAGUUUUAAUUAAGGCAAAAUGAAUGCAGAAAACAUUAACUAUUACCACAAAACAUUGCCUACACAUUUAAAAGUUUAAAGUAUCAAAACUUUUUGCAUUCUCUUGUGAGGACCACAUGUAUCCAGCAAGCCCUGCUGCACCCAGAUUUACUUUGAAUGAAUUUAUUCAAUUUUGGAGACCUUUAAAAUGUCCAUAGUGGAUCACUUUUUCUCAGUUGAGUAAGAAAAACUGAUUAGUUUUUCUUUUUAGCCUCUUUUUUUCUAUCACUUUUUUUCUUUGGCCCUUCACUUCUUUCAACUUCAAUAUUUUGCACCUUAGGACAGAAGAUAUGGAUGAUGACUCCCGAAGCCUCACACGCAGGGUUAUUUAUGAGGGGUUGGCAGAUCUCCCAGUCUCAACUCUACAGACUUUGGAGGACACACUAGAAUCUUUGGGGGUGGAGACCAAUGAAGAUUUUCAGUAUAUUAAUGAAAAUGAUCUGAGAUCUGUACUAACACCAAUUCAAGCAAGGAAGUUACUGAAAGCUUCGAAACAAACCACACAGACCAGUGGAAUUUCCAGUGAGCCAUCUCUGUCGUUGUCAUCUCCUUCUACAACCAGCACAUCGUCUGCCUCUUCAUUUUCUAUACAUUCCACGCCAGUAGAUUGGGUUGACACUUUUCAAAUUCCUUGGAACAGGUUUCCAGAGAACUUGAUUGAGUGUUUUGAGAAUGAGGCAAGGCCGAAACCCCACCUUCGAAGAGAAAUGAUUCGGAUUGUUGUUGCUUCAAUGAUGGAGGUGUGUGCUUCUCCUCGCAAGCAAGAAACCACAGAAGUGGCGAAAAAAUUGAUAGCAAAAUAUCCACUUUCACUCCAAGAUAUUAUUGAAGGUGAUAUAGUGGGCCCAGGGUAUUAUUCACUCGUCAAGCAACUACAAAAUCGUAUAGAAAAUUUGAGACGGGUUUCAAAACCAAAAAUAAGGAAGCGUAAAAACAUGUUAGAUGAAGAUGGCACAGUCCCACCAGAGCAAAAUGCAGCUGUUCAGGACAUUUACGGUUGUAUAAAGUGGGACAUGGAAGUCAUGCCAAUCCAGGAGACAGCAGAGACACAGAAAGAGAAAAAAGUCAAAUUGAAAAUGCUAAGUGAAGAAAAUAACUUAAAUUCGGACGAGAUAAGAGAUCUUAUGCAGAGAACCUACUACACUCAAAGGAAAGAAAUAAACCAGGGAAAAGACCUACAAAUUAUGGUGAAGGAGUGGCCCUUCCUGUUUCAGGAAAUUGGUAUGACGAUCCACUUCCAGGAGCUUACUGGAGUAAAUCUACUAGAGACUUUCCAUAAAAAUCUCGAAAAAAAGGGUAAAAGACUUCUGGACUACUUAAGGACUGUCUCGGCCCACAAAAUUAAACGAGUUCUUCAAACUGUCCGAAACCUGGAUAUUCUGAGAGGACAGGUCCAGGGCUGCUCUAAAGAGUUGAAAGAUCUUGUCCUCCUCCUUCUGUCUCAUUUCAAUGACAAAGAGGAAACCCUCUUCCACUAUGUAGAUGAGACAUGCCUAGCAGGAGAAGUAAAAGUGGACAACUUGCCUGUCACACCAUGCUUGAUUGUAUGUGGAACCUCCUGUUAUACUUCCAAGAAUUUUAUGCUUGGCAUUGACGGCAAUGUUGUGAAUGACCAAAUACCAACCUUCACAUCCGCUAUAUGUCUAAUGUUAGCAAGUUACUUUUGCUUCAACAUUCAUUAUCCGACUCAUCUGGCCUCCACACUUGAUUUCAUUCAGAGGUGCUUCCUAAACAUCAAUCCAGACCGGGGGACAAAAGUUGAAACCAAGAAGAAUAAGAAGAACGUGUCAGUGAACCCAAGGGUCCUUACCCUAAUCUCUGAAAUCGCAGAUCAUGAAUGGAGAGGGACAUAUUAAAAUGGACAUAAUAGUCCAGCAGAAAUGUAAAUUCUGAUUUCUUACACACCACUUAUAGAGCAGAAUACAAAUUUCACUGCAAGAAUAUGGUUUGCAAUCUGGAUGGAUAGAAUUUACAUUUAGUUUUCAUAUUUCUUAGUUUUAGGAUCUAUUGAAUUUAUUUUAACAGGCUUGCUGUAUGUUUUGCGGUAAUUAUAAAUGCCUGAAUAUGUAGACAAGUUCAAGACAACAGCUACUUUUGUUUCCAUCAUUGUGAGAGGCUGUUCCUUUAGUUCAGUAAAAUGAGAGAAGAGUGACUUGUAUUAUUUAUUUUAAAAUUGUAGAUUCAUUUAAUUUAGAUGCUCCAUUAAUAUCUCAGCCAGGACUGCAACUAAUGAUUCUUUUGGCUAUCAAUAAAUAUGACAAUCAUUGAAACCCAUA